UGCUAUUCCAACUAGUGAAAUACACCAUAUAUUCUUGUCAAACACCUAAGAAGUACAAAUAGCACAAAAACUAGGGAAUUUGUUGCUUCUUUAUAUACACAGUAUUUCCUUUAAAAACAUAGUAAAAUAUUACAAAACAAGAAGUAGAAAAAUGGUGAUGUCUACAUUGCUGAAAUUUCUAUAUCCUCCACCACCAUCUCUAUUCAUUACUACAAUGUCUGUAAUAAGUGUUGCUUCCUUAGCAAAUGCUGGAUUUUCUGAAAUUAAAGGAAAACAUAUGCAGUAUUCUAAGUUCUUUGUAUCAAGUAAAAGUGAAAAUGAGAAGAAGGCAAGAAUUGAGAGUAAAAAAGGCAUGCUUUUGUUGUAUAGUCCUGCAUUUCUUGCUGGUCUUGCUUCUUUUGCCAUUUUCCCAAAUGAGGAUCUGAGAUUUGCUUUGGUUUCUUCUGCUUUGACCAUACAUUUCUUCAAGAGAGUCUUAGAGGUCCUAUUUGUUCACAAAUACAGUGGUUCAAUGGAUGUUGAGGCUACAACAGUAAUAUCAUUUAGUUAUUUCCUCUCAACUGUUACCAUGAUUUAUGGUCAACACCUUAGUCAAGGUUUGCCAGAGCCAUCCAUUGAUCUCAAAUAUGGUGGAUUCAUAAUAUUUUUGGUUGGUAUAAUAGGCAAUUUUUGCCAUCAUUAUUUGCUCUCAAAUUUGAGAAACAAGGGUGAAAAAGAGUAUAAAAUUCCUCAGGGUGGCCUAUUCAAUUUUGUCAUAUGCCCACAUUACCUCUUUGAGAUUCUUGUUUUUGUUGGAGUUUCUUGCAUUUCUCAAACAUUAUAUUCAAUUUCCUUCACUUUGGGCACAAUGUUUUACUUGAUGGGGAGGAGCAUUGCUACAAGAAGAUGGUACCAAUCCAAGUUUGAUGAUUUUCCUAAGGAUAUCAAGGCACUCAUUCCUUAUAUAUUUUAGUCUACUUUAUAGGGACCAUUAAUUUUUGUUAAUGUACCUAUGUCAAAUAAGCAUAUGAUUAUUGUUUUUUUUGUGUGCAGAUCCUUCAAAAUGCAUUGCAUCUUAAUAUAAAUUGAAUGAUUUUGUGACGGAUA